AUGUCUAUGAUCUGGGUCGACCACAGCGAGUAUGAUGACGAAGUGAUGCAGAGCGUAGGUUACUAUCACCACACAGAUGCGCCACUUGUAGAUCCUCCUUGCAUGAUUUGCGGCGUGAGCUUCAACAUUCGUCGUCACCGAGCAGCUGGGGAACCCUCUUCUGCAGCAUUCUUCAGCCAUGCAAGAGUUGGCCCUGGAGAAUAUCCUGGAAGCCAGAAAUGCGUCCAGCCAGACUGCCAUUCCAUCCCCUCCCCGAGAAAUCUGGGCUCUGAACACAUUUCCGGACCCAGUUGCAGAUCAACAAAUGCAUACCACGGAAGCCGCAUCUCAGUCGAGGCAAUGAGAGAGUGCAGCACAUACCAAUGCCUCUUGAUCCGCAAGAAGUCGUGGAACCCACCGGAGAGCGAACUUGAAGAUUUUGAGAAGCAGGGCCGUUAUGCACUUAGCGGCUUGGGCGAUGCCAUGGAAUCUGAUCGCAGACGGUACGAUGCACAAGUCUUUCCAGCACGCAACAACGUCCACUAUAGUCGCAGCGACAUUCGGUUUCUGGACAUGGCAUUUCAUCCGGCAUGCUUUGAGGUGUAUAAGCGAGCGUCGAUAUAUCGAUAUGGCUUUGUGAAUACCAAUGCUCUCGUGAGUUGGGGACAACUGAGAAAGGGGCCCAAGUUCAAGCUGCCAGAACAUGCCGCUGUGAAGAGGGCAAGUCGGACGCACUGGGUACAUCACGCCGGCGACGAGUUUCUUGCCGCGAAUCCGUGCUUUAUUCCAGGGCUACAGGAUAUUCUCGAUUCAGUACAGGACGUCUGCACUCCUGGAGAUAUUUGCUCGGAAGCGACUUACCCAGCGCCGAACUCUACAGACAUAUUCUCCAAGUUUCCGCAAGAGAUCAAGCUCGAGAUUCUACUGCAGCUAGAUUCCUGGGACAUCGCCAACCUGCGCCUCUCAUCACGAACGUUCCGCCAUCUGCCCCAAUCGCUCUUCUACCACCUAACCCUCCGCGAGCUCCCCUGGCUCUACGAAGCGUGGAGCUCCCUCCCGCUCUCAUUCUUCGUCACGACAACAGCAGCUGAGCAGCGAAGACUCGGCAAGCCGUUGUACGACAUCCAGGAGCAACUGUGGGAGCGUCGUGAAGACGACAAUGGAUCUGAAGAUGAUGCAGCAGAGAUUAGUAGAUUGGUCGGAUUGGCAGCCCAGCUUGAGGAGAGACAGAGGCAGGGAUACGCUACUACGCCUGUGAGGAUGCUGGACCGCAGGAGUACGAAUUGGACGCAUUUGCGGGGGGAGUUGACCCGACGGUGGGCAGAACUGCCGGGGCUGAGAAACAGGAGGAAGAUUUGGAAUAAUUGCCAGGAGAUCAUGGACCGUGCAGAAACAAUUCCCUACUGA